AUGGCCGCGGCGGUGGUAUAUAUAUGGCUGGGCGCGGCGAGCACCCUGGCGCCGUCGGGCAGGCCGCAAGGCCCUACGUCGGUUGUUGCUCCUUCCCGCAGUGUCGCACCCCUUCACGCGUGGCGCCAGCCGCCCCCGCGCCCCCAGGGCUCGGCGCGCGCUUCGCGGACCCGUCUCGCCGCCCACGACGAGGCCCCGCCUCCCCCGCCCACAAGGAGACCAUCGCCCCCGCCCACAACCGCGGCCCCUCCGACGACGCCGGCGCCUCGUCAGGGGAGUGAGCUCUUCCCCGAAGCCGCGCCUCCGACGGAGGACUCUUCGACUCGCUGCCCUUCCCCGCCCCUCCUCGGCGCCCACCGUCCCCCUCUGCCCCCUCCCCCCCCGCCGGCGCGCCCUCCCCCACCACGCCCUACGACAAGUGCUCGCACCCCUUCCACGCGUGGCUCUGCCAGAAGGCCCGCCGCCCCGCCACGCCCGCGCCCCGCACCGGCAGCGAGCUCUUCCCUGAGGCUUCCUUCCCCGACGGGGCGGAGGCUCUGCCAGACCCAGCUCCCCGCCGCCCACGACGCCGCCCCCGCCCUCCCCGCCCUCCCCCGCCCGUACGGCCGCGCCGCCGCCCAAAGCCUACGACAAGUGCUCACACCCGUUCCACGCGUGGCUGUGCCGGGCGGCGCCCGUCCAGGCCCCGCGCCCCCCGCCCCCUCCGCCUCCCACCACGCCGGCUCCUGCGGGCGCUGGAGUCUUCCCCGAGGCGUCCCAACACGGCCCCGGAGGCCUCGCAGCCCCUUCCCCAGGAGCAGGCCCUGCCCCUCCCGCUGCCCCCUCCCCUCCGCCCACGACGCCCCUCCCAGCACGACCCCGUACGACAAGUGCUCGCACCGUUCCACUCGUGGCAGUGCCGCUCCCCGCCCCGCCCCCGCCCACGUCGCCCCGCCCUGCCCCUCGUGGGAGGGAGCUGACCCGUGCACCCACGCCUUCCACUCGUGGCUCUGCCGCAGCCCGCGCCCUCGCCCCCGGCCCACGCCUCCUCCCCUUCCUCCUUCCCCGCCUCCUCCGCCGCCCACGACCCCGCCAGCGCCUCAGGCUGGAAUCCUGGACCCCGACGCCUCCUUCCGUGCGCCGGACUCGAUCUUGUUCCCCGACAACUCUCUCACGACCACCACCACGAGAGCUCCUCCUCCCCCCUCCUCUCCUCCCACGACGACGCCCGCACCUCCUCCCAGGACCACUCCUGCCCCUCCCCCCCCUGCCAGCGGCGCGGAUCCCUCUCCCGCCGCUGGAAGCCUCUUGGACGCAGAGCCUCAGCGCCCCAGGACUCCCCAGGAGCCGGAGGACCCCCAGCCCGAGCCCGAGCCGACCCGCGACGACAUCUGCAGCCACCCCUUCCACAGCUUCCUGUGCCAGAAGCCCAAGCGGCGUCAGUCCGCUCCCACUGCACGCCCUCGCCCUGCGCCCACGACUCCUACCCCGCCCGCCGAGGAGCCUGCAGCGUCCUUCCUCGCCCCCGAGACGCAGAAGGAUCCCCCGGGCGGCCGAGGAGACUUCCCGGACGCCCAGGCUGCUCCAGCGCCGGCGCCGCCCCCGAAGAGUGACAAGUGCAGUCACCCCUUCCACGCCUGGCAGUGUCGUCCGGCGCCCGGACGCUCGAGGAGCCAGGGGGCGCUGCCCAGCAUUCAGAACCUGCCCCUCGAGGCCCACGGCGGCAAAGAUGCCCCUCGAGGCCGAGGCGAUUCCUUCGGGGUCGGCUUCCGGGGCCCGACGCCCGCUCCGAAGGGCCAGUCCACGUCCAGCAACUUCAAAGUAUUCAACAGAGAAAAACCAGCCUCUGGCUUAGCAAGGACGGUGCCAACAGCAACAGACAUUCCAACAGUUCCAACAGUGCCAACCGUACCAACAGUACCUACGGUACCGACAGUACCAACAGUCCCUAACCGGAUACAGAACAGCCCCUUUAACUUCGGAGCUGCGUCGGCUCCCUCUGCUGUGUACGCGCCCUUCAACAGGGUCGCUGACCACCACUUCGUCGGCCAAGGGUCCCCCAGAGGUCAGAGCUCUGGCCUCGCGUCCUUCGCGCCGCUCUCUGAUGACCGUCGGGCGGCGCCUCCGCGACUUCUGCCCAUUGUGCCUUCUGGCGGCCUGCUCACCUUCGUCAGGGGCGGCGCCCUCGUGGCCUCGGGCUCCUCCCCUAGCCGCCUCACGCUGGCUCUCCCAGGGGGUCACGCUCGGCUCCUGCACACAGGCCAUGCUCGCUCGUAG